CGCGGAGGUUCCCCAGUUAAAGUUUAGUGUCCGCGGAGCGCGGAGCGGCACCGAGCCCCUCCGACACUCCUCAGCCGGGCCAUGGCCUCCAUCACCUGCCGGGUCCAGUUCCUGGAGGACUCGGACCCGUUCAUCUGCACGAACUUCCCCGAACCUCGCAGACCUCCGACGGUCAACCUGGAGGAGAACCUGCCGCUCAGCGAGCAGAUCGCCGGGAUCCACAAGCUGCUGGAGGCGCCGCUGAAGUUGGAGGAGUGCACCCUUCAGUUGUCUCCUUAUGGAAACUAUCUGGACCUCGACUCGUCUUUGUCCGAGCAGAGGGACGAGCUGGAGACUUUCUACGAAGACGUGAAAAAGGGAAAGAAGCCCAUCCUGAUCCUGAGGACUCAGCUCUCUGUUCGCGUUCACUCCAUCCUCGAGAAGCUGUACAACUCUCAGGGUCCGGAGCUCCGACGCUCGCUGUUCUCCCUCAAACAGCUGUUCCAGGACGAUAAAGACCUGGUUCCAGAGUUCGUGGCGUCUGAAGGUUUGACGUGUUUCAUCCAGGUCGGAGCUGAAGCCGACCACAACUACCAGAACUACAUCCUGAGAGCGCUCAGUCAGAUCAUGCUCUUUGUGGACGGCAUGAACGGAGUGAUAAACCACAACGAGACGGUGCAGUGGCUCUACACACUGACAGGAAGUCUGUCUCGUCUGGUGGUGAAAACGUCUCUGAAGCUUCUCAUCGUCUUCGUGGAAUAUUCAGAGGCCAACAGUCCACGACUCAUCCAGGCUGUGAACACGGUGGACACACAACGAGGUGUGAAGUCGUGGAGUAACGUGAUGGAAGUGUUGGAGGAGAGAAACGGCUCCGACACUGAGCUGCUCAUGUUCACCAUGACGCUCAUCAACAAGACGCUGGCUGUGCUCCCUGACCAGGACUCGUUCUACGAUUUGACCGACAGCCUGGAGCAGCUCGGGAUGGAGACCAUCAUCCACAAACACAUGAACAACAAGGCGACGGAGCCCCACCUCCGAGCUCAGUUCACCAUCUACGAGACGGCACUCAGGAACGAGGACGGGGACAUGGACGACUCCUCCCCCCACCUCCGUAAAGAAAGACGAAAGGUGGCCGCCGGCGACCAGGAGGUGCGGAGGAGCCGCCGCUCGUCCAGUCAGAGCUUUCCCGACCUGCUGUCGUCCUCCCCUGGCUCCUCCCCCUCCACCUCCCCCACCCCCCCUGUCUUUGCGUCGUCGUCCACCGCCAGCGGCCCCCUCUCCCCCGUCAUCUCCUCCGCCUCCUCCUCCCCCAGCCCCACGGCGGAGCUCGGCAGCAGGGCCUCGUCGCCGCUGUCCCCGGACGCCUCCACUCCGCCCGGGUCUCACAGGGGGUCACCGCUGCCCCCCCUCACCCCCCCCAACGGUACCAUGACCGCAGAGCAGGACUCGAAGACGCCGUCCAGCCCGAGUCGCUCUUUCCUCAGCCACCACAUGUCGGCUCUAGGUCUGAGCAGGAAGUCCAGGCUCUUCUCCAAAUCCAACUCCAUCUCUGAGGAGCCGUCGGCCGCCGGCAGCUCGUCCUCCUCCGACAUGUCUCUCCAGGAGAAGUCGUCCCAGUUGAGUCCGGAGCAGUCGAGCAACAAGACGGACACUAAGACCGGUUUCAACUCUGGGGAGGCAGACUGGCCCCUCUGCUCAGAGGAGUGUGAUGUGAAUCAGGACAAACCGGUUCUGAGGAGGUUUGAAGGAAACUUCCUGCGCAGCCUGGCCGCCACGCAGUGGGAGAAGAAGAGAAGAAGUAAACACCUGAGCCAGGCCAGGCUGUCCUCGUCUGAUGACAUCAUAAUCCCUGGCCCAGGGCCGACGGCAGAGGAGGCGGGAGGUGGGGAGCCGCCACGCCGCGCUUCCAGCAGCUCGGCCUCAAACGGACACUCGGACCCUCAGAGUGACCCAGCGUCUGUGCUGCGUCAGUGCAGCGACAAGAAGUUCCUGAUGGACAUGCUCUACUCCAAGACGACUGCCGCAGUGCCCCUGAGCCCGACCACCGCCGCCACCGCCAGCGACACCAGCGUGGAUGAAGAGAUCCUCCAGGCCGGUGGUGGAGAUGUGGGCGCUCGGGGUCGCGUGUCGGAGCGUCUGUCCAGCUUCAGAGCGCGCUCAGUGGAGCCGUCCGGCUCCAGCGAGAGCAGCGCCUCCCGCAGGGCGGAGCUGGAGGGGCUGGAAGGCUCCGCCCAGGCGGCGCUGGCCCGACUGGCCGAGGAACAGCAGAACCGUUACCUCCGGCAGCAGAGCAGCAUCGACGUCGAGGGCCCAGCCCGCCGCCUGGAGACCACCACGAUGACCCCGCUGGGCCCCGGGGGCCCCGCCGACGCCUGGGACCAGCUGCAGCCGAGCGCCGCCGCCCUGCGCAUCAAAGACCUGGACUUCUCCGACCUGCUGGAUGAGGAGGACAUCGACGUCCUGGACAUGGACGCUCUCGACUCCACCUCCUCCUCCUCCUGCUUCUCUGGCAUCCCUCCCCCUCCCCCUCCUCCCCCAGGCAUGGCUGCCGCUCCUCCUCCUCCUCCCCCGCCUCCUCCACCAGGGGGUUUGGCUCCUCCUCCUCCUCCCCCUCCUCCAGGUGCCCCUCCUCCUCCUCCCCCUCCCUCAUCGUCCUCGUCCCCUUUCUCUCAGACGAAGAAGAAGACGGUGAAGUUGUUCUGGAAGGAGCUGAAGCAGGCGGACCGACCCGAGAAGUGUCGCUUCGGCCGCGGGACGGUGUGGGCGUCUCUGGACAAGGUGGCGGUCAACACCACCCGACUCGAACACCUGUUUGAGUCCAAGGCCAAGGAGCUCCACGUCGCCAAGAAAGGACCCGAGACCAAGAAGCACGAGAUCCUGGUUCUGGACCCGAAGCGGAGCAACGCCAUCAACAUCGGGAUGACGGUGCUGCCGACCGUCCACGUCAUCAAGACCGCCAUCCUCAACUACGACGAGUUCGCCAUCAGCAAGGAGGGGAUCGAGAAGAUCCUGACCAUGACCCCGACCGAGGAGGAGAAGCAGAAGAUCCAGGAGGCUCAGCUCGCCAACCCGGACGUCCCGCUGGGCUCUGCCGAGCAGUUCCUGUUCAGCCUGGCCUCCAUCAGCGCCCUGACCCCCCGCCUGCAGCUCUGGGCCUUUAAACUCAACUACGAGGCUCUGGAGAAGGAGAUCGCCGAGCCGCUGUUCGACCUGAAGCUGGGCAUGGAGCAGCUGGCGUCCAAUCAGACCUUCCGGAGGAUCCUGGCGACGCUGCUCGCCAUCGGAAACUUCCUCAACAGCUCCAACGCUAAAGGCUUUGAGCUGGGUUACCUGGAGAAGGUGGUGGAGGUGAAGGACACCGUUCACCGUCAGUCUCUGCUCCAUCACACCUGCAGCCUGGUGGUGGAAAAUUACCCAGAAUCCUCUGACGUGUACACAGAGAUUCCCGCCAUCACGCGCUCCGCCAAGGUCGACUUCGAGCUGCUCGCCGAGAACCUGGUGCAGCUGGAGAGACGCUGCAAAGCAUCUUGGGACAACCUGAAGGUGGUGGCCAAGCACGAAACCAAGGCGGUUCUGAAGAACAAGAUGAUGGACUUCCUGAAGGACUGUACGCAGAGGAUCAUCAUCCUGAAGGUGGUGCACCGGAGGGUCAUCAACAGGUUCCACUCCUUCCUGCUGUUCCUGGGUCAGCCGUCGACCUCGGUCAGAGACAUCAAGGUCACCAGCUUCUGUCGCAUCAUCGGCGAGUUCUCCCUCGAGUAUCGAACGACCAGAGAGCGAGUCGUCGAGCUCAAACGGAAACAGGCCGCGCACCGCGAGAGAACCAAGACCAGAGGCAAGAUGAUCACCGAGACGGAGAAGUUCUCUGGGGCGGUGUCUCGUCCGGACAGCCCCGUCUCCCUGGCGGCGGAGGCGGAGGUGGGUCAGGAGGAGGAGGAGCAGCACGAGAACAUGAAGAACCUGCUAAUCAGCAGCGACGUGGGUCAGAGUGCCGACCAGAGAGGCCUGAGGCGAUCCAGAGCCGUCCGCAGUCUGGGCAGGGUGAGUCCUCAUCAGAUGUCUGUGGCCAAAGACGACGGGACCAGCUCCCAGGACGACCCCACGGACGAGAUCAUGGACCGGCUGGUCAAGUCCGUUACCCAGAAUCCCUCAGACAGAGCGUCGAGCCCCAAAACCCGCAAACGGUCCCGACUCAACAGAAAGUCACUGAGGAGGACUCUGAAGAGCGGUCUCAGUCUGGACGUGGUUCAGGCUUUGGGACUCAACAACAAGUCUGGAGACCAAGUCUGAGCAGAGACUCACACUGAUCCAUCCAUCGAUCCAUCGAUCAGUGAUCACUGUUGAUCAGAGAGACUGAACCCAGACCAGCAGACGAGAGGCUCCGCCCACCACCAGGAAGAACAUUAUCGUCUCCAAUGGUUGUGUGUCACAAGAGAUGAAACGGUUCAAAACCAGAGAGACAGUCUGUUAUUAUUAAUAUUGAUAAUAAUAUUAAUAUGUAGAACAGCAGCAGAUUCACACACACACACACACACACACACACACACGAUCAUGUUUACAUGAUUUUACAACAUAACUUUUAACAGCUUAAACACACAUGGCGUCACACAUGACAUCACACAUGACGUCACACAUGACAUCACACGUGACGUCACACAUGACAUCACACGUGACGUCACACAUGGCGUCACACAUGACGUCACACAUGACGUCACACAUGACGUCACACAUGACAUCACACAUGACGUCACACGUGACAUCACGCGUGACGUCACACAUGACAUCACACGUGACGUCACACAUGGCGUCACACGUGACAUCACACAUUACAUCACACAUGACGUCACACGUGACAUCACACGUGACGUCACACAUGACAUCACACGUGACGUCACACAUGGCGUCACACGUGACAUCACACAUUACAUCACACAUGACGUCACACGUGACAUCACACGUGACGUCACACAUGACGUCACACAACACGUUUUAAGAAACAUGAAGCACAAACUUGAAAAUGUUAGAUAUUUUUAAUUUCUGGAAACUCGUCACUAAAGACAUUUCAUCUCCGACUGUUUAUAAAUGGGAAACUGAUUAACUGAGACUUUCGUUUUCUCACAUUUAAUUUAAACCGUUUUGCUUCUCAUUUGGAGACGUCACCUGAUCUGAGUCACCACACGCACACAAACACUCAGACUCACUCACACACAAACAUGUUUCAUGUCACAAAAUGAAUCCAACAAAAAUCACUAAAAUCUUUUCAACACGUCACCUGUCUGCUGCAACACUUUGUGUGCGUGUGUGUGUGCGUGUGUGUGUGCGUGUUUUCAGUCCAGCUGUUUCCUCUGCUGACCUCAGGUCAAGUUUGUGUGACUGUUCCCUGACGAAGACUCUGUUUUAAUUUAAAGAUGAAGAUUUUAUAGAGACAUUACGGUUCACAAAAGUGAAUUUUCUUCAUAAUAAAUAAAGUUUUUGACAAAGAA